UUCGCGGUAAAAAGUGGAAGGCAGCGUCUGCGCAUCAUAACGUCUUCGUCUCCAGGCAAAGAUCACUGCAACCAGGAUGGGUUAGCUAGCUAUCCUAGCCACUUGCUAACGCAGCCACAGAUGCGCAGGAAAAAGCUACUAGUGUCAACAUUAGCGGGCUAGCCACCGGAAAAUAACAGCCAGACAGCAGCCACACGUUUGCUUCUGAGCAGUGCAUGUAAACAACAAUGAGAAAACCUGCAUUUACAUACCUGUGUAGGAUGUUGGUUGGCUACAGCAGCAGCAGCUCGGAGGAGGACGGUGGGGCAAGUGGUGAAGCUGCAGCGGCGACUCAAAAGAAGAACUGUUGUCCAAAGUGUCAGGAGGAAGAUGAUGGUAACAAUGGCUGCCCAGCGAGGAAAAAAAUAAAAACUGAGGAGCAGGCUCCCAAAACCAGGCUACCUCUCCCUGAUUGCCUAUUGGCCUUGUUUCCAGACGAAGUGGACCCACAGACUGAAGACGGCUCCCUUCAUGGUGGCCGUGUCCGUUCCUUCAAACAUGAGAGAGGAAACUGGGCCACCUAUGUUUAUGUGCCAUACCAUCCUCAGGAGGAGUUUGGGGAGUUGCUUGCGGAGCUGCUCUCAGCUGCAGGAACCUGUGGCGUGGUUUUGACCCCGCAGGAGGAGUUUCAUCUCAGCCUGUCUCAGACUGUGGUGCUGAGACACCACUGGAUACAGCCCUUUACACAGAGCCUCAGGACAGGCCUGGCACACUGCAAAAGAUUUGUUUGCUCAGCUGGGAAACUGAGAGUAUACUGCAAUGCUGAGAGGACAAGGACAUUUUUGGGCAUGGAAGUGUGUAGCGGGCAUGUUCAGUUGUUGGACCUGGUCCGAGUUGUGGACAGAUCCAUGACCGAGUUUCAGCUGGACACUUUCUACAAGGAGCCAUCUUUCCACAUAAGUCUGGCUUGGUGUGUUGGAGACCUGACAGCGCAGAUGCAGGAGUGCACUGAGGAGCUGCAGCGUAUGAUUGAUGAACAUGAAGGAGGACCGUUUCUGCUGAGACUGGAUUGCACAGAGCUGCGCUGCAGGACUGGAAACAAGACCUUCCGCUUCCCCCUGGAAGCCUAAAGCCUGACACAAUUGAAAUGUCUCAUGUCAAGUCAUCAGCCACAUUGCAAAGCCAGCAGAAGGACUCACCAGAUUCAAUACAACUGUUAUUCAAGAGAUGGCUAAAGAUGAGAGUAACCUAUCAGCUGUCAUCAUUACACAGCAGUCCCCUUUAAUUACUGCUGUCAGGAUUGUGGUGUGUCUUGACAAAGGACAAUUAAGGCUCAAUGAAUGAAUCUGUUUGUUAUGUUGGGCAUUAUUUUAAUACUGUAUAUAAAUAAAGUUUGUACCCAUUUUAUACAUACUUUUCAACAGUAAUAUUUAUGUUCAGGUUUCAGAAGUGUGUGUAUUGAAGUGUAUGUGUAAGGUCGCGGACGACACCGCAGUGAUAGGUCGCAUCACUGGCGGGGACAAAGCAGCCUACAGGAGGGAGGUAGCUGGU